AUGCCCGAAGAGUACAUGUCCAUGCUGAAAAGCCUACCAUCAGAGGUAGACAAGGUCAAAGAAGCGGUCGUCGGAGUAGCAACUGUCGACGUGUCCAUUCAAAUAGGACCGCCUCGUCAUCUCGCCUCUGGUAUUCUGUAUGGAAUACCAGAUAGACCUAAUCAGAUACCAGAUCACUUCUACAAAGACAUUGGCUUCAACUAUGGUCGCGGUGGUGGAUCUCAGUUGCCUGGGACCAAAGGCUACGCCGUCUGCCUUGAAGACUACGAGGCUCGCUUUGCAUCGGCCCUAAGUAACUACAGAACUACUCGUAAACACGGCGGCGAGUUCAUCUACUUACUCCCUGCUGCCUGGGGUGCUGAUGGUGGACAAUCGGACGGCUUUGUGUACCCUGGAGAUGACAAUGAUUGGACAAGCUGGGAUGCGUUUCUUGAACGGACGCUUGAUGAUGUUAAGAAGUCUGAUAUGAUUGAUGGCCUUGUGGUGGAUAUUUGGAAUGAACCGGACUUGACCUUCUUUUGGAACCGCUCGAUGGAGCAGUGGCUGGAGCUCUGGACUCGUUCGUUCAAGAAGAUUCGAGAAGUACUUCCAUCUGUCCGGAUCACUGGUCCAAGCAUAUCGGCCAUUCCUUCAGCAUCCCAUGAAUGGUGGUCAGCUUUCCUGUCUCGCUGUAAAGAUACCCUACCCGAUCAAUGGUCCUGGCACAUGGAGGGCGGCGAAGAAACAGUCACCAUGGCGAGCUCAAUGGCUUCAUUUCACGAUCUGUUAUCCAAGCACGGUAUACCUCUCGAAAAAGCCAAGGAUGUCAACAUCAACGAAUAUGCUGUCUAUGGAGAACAAGUUCCUUCCGCGGGCGCGUGGUGGAUCGCUGGUCUUGAGCGAGAAAAUGCACAUGGUCUUCGAGGGAAUUGGGCUAUCGCUGGAGCGUUGCAUGACUUUAUGGCUGGUCUUUUGAGUAAGCCGAACAGCAGUGACGGGAGCUACGCCAUCGAGGGCGAGGGAUACUGGCCAACAGCCGAGUUUCAGGUGUACAAGUACUACGCCUCUAGCAUGAACGGUCAACGACUAAAGACCAGUGCUAGUUCGGAUGGACUACUGGAUGUAUAUGCCACCGUUGAGGCAGAUGUUGUGCGGAUAUUGGCUGGUACUCGUUCAAGACCUGGCAAUUGGUCUGUUGAUGUAAUUGGCUUGACCGAUGAUACACGAGUCACAGUCAAGACUUUGGCGUUUCGUGUUGUUGACGGGGAUAAGUUCAGGCGCGUUGAUGGCCCGCAUGAUCUUGGGGAGAGGGAAGAGGUCGUGAAGGAAGGGAGGGUAAGGUUGAGGAUGAAGCAUCAGGAUCCUACGACGGCCUUUGCUUUUGAGGUGUUGAUUGCAGAGGGAAGGUAG